AUGGAUAGCAGACAAUCAUCUGCGGAGAGCGACUCUUCACCUUGUUACCCCCUAUUCAUCCCCCUCCAUCGAAAACUUGAAUGGCCCCUCAAUACCGCGAGCUACCUCCCACACUUCCUCUUCACACACGAUUACCUCCAGUCCCUCGCCUCCCUCCUCCGGUUCUUCCAUAUUCCAGUUCCAAGAUACUGCAGCGACGACCGCCCACGCAAACAUGAGAUAUGCUUCCCCUACACCCGAACCAAGGCUAUUUGGGGAUUAACGGGGUACCGCAUCCUCGUAUCCAUAUGUGCUGCAGCGUUCGGACUUGCAAAGGCUGGAUUAUUGUAUACGGGUCAAAAGGGCGAAGCUAAUGAAAUUGAAUGGAUUUACGGGUCAAUCGUUACUAUCUGCUUGUACUGGCUCGGUCUCUACGAAGACAGCAUACCCCCAAAAUGGCCACUAUUCUUCCACCACGACUUCUCCGCCCCCAUCCUCCGAGCCCUCAGCCUCCUAACCCAAGGCUCCUCCAUCCUCAUCCCCCUAUCCCUGGCACUAAGCGUAACAUGGUGGUUCCGCACACAAAUGACCAUCGAACCCCUUUCCGUAGACGACCUCUCUUUCAUUCCCUUCUUCAACUUCUCACUGUUCCUCGUUUUCACCUUUCUCGUCGUCUUGGGCGCCUCCCACUGCCCCCUUCCACUUGCUACUACUAGGAAGACCUCUCGCCGUGUCGGAGAUGCAUAUGUUAGUACCAAUUUCGGACGAGAUCUCCUAAUCCUGACGGCCAAGAGCGCCAAGUACACCAAGGAAGAGGCGACGAUGCCCGGUGAAGAAGCGCCAACUGUGAAGUUUAAGCGCCGGAGGCUACAGGGGGCAUGCGAUAUCUGUCGGCAGAAAAAGAGCGAUUCUGCAAAGAUGCCAGACAAUCGAUGUUCGAAUUGUAUUGCGUUCAACGCGGAGUGUACGCAUGUCCAUGUUAACCAGAAAACGGUGUACAAGUUCAGACCAACUCCAAAGCGCGGUUUGCGCGAACCCGAAUCUCUGGACGAACACCGGGAGAAGAUGAACCCCUUGUUAGAGACAAUCCUCUCUGCGACGUAUCAAGCCCCAACAAACCCAGCCAUUAUCCGAAACACGCUCAUCUCCCUCGCCUCCUACGCACGUUUACUCGAACAGCGAGUCCCCAAGUCUGGUGCAACCGCCCCAUCGCCGCUCUCCAUCUCCACACAAACACGGACGUCCCCAGAGUCCGAAACCUCCCCAAUCAUUCGUGAACCCAAGUACAUGAUUGAUCCUACAGGCUCCCCGACCUCUGAGGACUCUCACGAAAGCAACAGCAACGGUAACGGCACCGGGAACAGCAAUAACGUUGAUACGCAGCUCUCCAAUGUCAUGGAGAAGAAUCUGACGAUAAACGCGAAGAGUAAUCGGUUCUUUGGGCCGUCGAGUAGUGGGAUGCUGGUCAAGGCGGCGCUGGAGUUCAGCAGGCAGUAUGCGACUAACCCCCAGGCGUGUAACCCGGGCGCAAUAAUGAAGGUGGCGGCGUUCAAGCGCCCACAGUAUUGGACAGUCCAACAGUGGGAAAUCGUGCCGCCAGAACCCCAACAACCCUUCGUAUUUCCCGAACCGGACCUCCUCGAGCACCUCGUGGACACGUACUUCCGGAUGUGCAAUGUCUUCAUCCCUGUACUCCACCGGCCGACCUUUGACAAGUCCGUCAAAGCCGGUCUGCACUUGAAAGAUCGUGGGUUUGGAGGAUGUCUUUUAGCGGUAUGUGCUGUGGCUUCGAGGUAUUCGAGCGAUAAGAGGGUUAUACCUGAGGGUGUCACCUCCGAGUUGAGCUGUGGGUAUCAGUGGUUUAAGCAGUUGAGGUUAUUCCGCAAGUCGUUCAUUCGAACGCCGUCGUUGUACGAGUUGCAGACGUACUGGAUUUCUGCGACGUACCUCCAUGGAGCGUCGACACCAGAAGAUUGCUGGUACUUGAUUGGAAUGGCUAUUCGAGCGGCGCAGGAUGCGGGAAUUCAUCGUCGCCAUCGAGGUCCACCAACCGUCCAAAGCGAACUGCGGAAACGGAUCUGGUGGGCACUCGUUCUCGCAGACAUUGUGGUUUCGAUUUCGAAUGGACGUCCGAGGGCUAUCCAUGCUUCCGACUUUGACGUCGACCUUCCGAUAGAAUGCGAUGACGAGUAUUGGGAGAAUCCUGACCCUGCUUUGGCGUUCAAACAGCCUCAAGGAAAACCUGCCCAGACGACGUGUCUCGUGAAGUUACUGGAACUCUUCAAUGUUUUGUCGUCUGCGGAAGCUGUAUUUUACGCCACCAAGAAGACAGUUCCACCAGACGCGUCCUCUCCAGAAGAAUGGGAACAGCACAACCUAGCCAGCCUAGAUUCGCUAUUGAACGGAUGGGUGGACACUGUUCCUGAACACCUCCGCUGGGAUCCCAAUAACCCCAACCCCAUUUUCUUCGACCAAUCCGCGUUGAUCUUCAGCACCUUCUAUUGGGUCCAGAUUCUCAUCCACCGACCGUUCAUAUCUAUACGCAGCAAAUUGUCGUUGUCGUCGCUCGCUAUUUGCACCAAUGCCGCUCGUGCGUGUAGUAGGAUCAUGGAGCUUCAUUCGCAGAGAGGGUUCCUGGCUUUGCCGCAAGUCCAGGCUGGGAUACCACUUGACGAGCAGAAGGAGAUGGAGAGCGUGUAUCGAUGUGCACGACUUCUGGCAAUGUUUGAACGCAGGUGGCAUCCUGCUGGUCGAUUCAGCGACGUUCUCCGCGCUCUUGCAGCGGUCAGCAACCUCCCACUCCCCGAAUCGUCUAUCGACUCUGGUGCACCAGCGUGGUGGAGCGCUUCGCCUUCUGCUAGCGCAACACAAGACCCUCAGCCAUCGCCUCCUUCCUCUCAGCCAGCCACCUCGGAAAUCGGAUGCUCACUGACAGGAGUGUUCAACUUCCCCGUCUACAGCAGUGAACUGAGCGUUGGACCUGUAUUCGAAUCGUUCCACCUGCCUUCGGCGGCGGGCACUCCGCCGUCGAGUGCAGGAGUGUCGUCGGCAGUGUCGUCGGCGGGAGGGCAGCCAUUUGACUUUGAAGCUAUGUUUGCCCAGUCUUUUGCAGCGGCAGCUGGCGGGGGGCCUGCGCCAGUUAAUAACGAUUGGGACAGCUUUAUGUCGUCGAAUGGAGGGAACUUGCUUGGUGCUAUGAGCCCUCAAUCUGGAGGAGCUCAGGCCCCACAAGCUGGGCCUAGUAAUCCAAGUGCCAAUGAAAUCCCUGUUGCGAACGGGACAUCGCCAAUUCCCAAUUUCUUCCCUCAAGGUAUCGGGCUGGACAACAUGACAAUCUGGGCUGGUGUACCCACAUCUCUCGAUUGGACAGAUUGGAGCCAUUACAUUGCCAAUGUCGAUUCAGCGCUCAAUCAGGAUAAUGGAUUUGGUGGGCAGUUCCAGCAGCAAAUGUUUUGA